GCAGUACUGAACGUCAGCUUCCUUAUUCAAAAAGAUGGAAAUUCUAUUUCUUGCCUAGUGUUUUUGGGCAUUACAAUAUCAAGGUUGCUAUUGAUGAAAAGGGGCAUUCUAAUGUUCUACAAUGCACUUGA